CAGCUGAAGCCAAUGAUAGUCCCCCAGAAACCAAAGGCCAGCAUGCAGGAACCACAGGACAGCUCAGCACCCCCCGUCACCACAGUGAUGCCCGCCAACGAGACGACUCCUCCUGGAGUGUGUUUUCCCCUGCCCUCCUUAUCCGUCACUGUCUUACUGUCGAGACUCAAUCCUCCAGCAAUCGCCUGCCCUCUCAACACACAGCAUCCACAAACAGGAGAGCUCAAGCUGAGGAACAAAACAUUUUGAUCGCAGAAGAAGCGCAGGUGGCAAAAGAGAAGAUAACAACUCAGGUGGCAAAGAUUUGCCAGUGAGUUUGUCGGAACUGACAUACUGCUAAAACACUUAAAGCAACUACAAUGGGGAAUUCCACCAGUAGCGCACUAUCAAAGGAGAUCCUGGAGGACCUGAAGCUCAGCACCAAAUUCACUGAGAAUGAGAUCAGCCAGUGGUACGAGAACUUUCAGAAGCAGUGCCCGACAGGCCGCAUAUCACCCGAAGAGUUUGAGCAGAUUUACACACGUUUCUUUCCUGAGAGCGAUGCCAAGAGCUACGCUCGACAUGUGUUUCGCUCCUUCGACACCAACGACGACGGCACAUUGGACUUCAAGGAGUACAUCAUUGCGCUGCACAUGACCUCCACCGGGAAGACGACCCGGAAACUGGAGUGGGCCUUCUCGCUGUUUGAUGUCGACAAGAACGGAUACAUCAACAAGACAGAGGUGACGGAGAUCUGCCAGGCCAUAUUUAAGCUGAUCCCCAAGGAGGAGCAAAUCAAGUUACCGGAGGAUGAGAACACACCCGAGAAGAGAGCCAACAAGCUGUGGUCCUACUUCGAAAAGAAAGACAACGAGCGACUGGCUGAAGGAGAGUUCAUCAAAGGAGUGAUUGAAAACGAAAAUGCAAUGCGACUCAUUCACUACGAACCAGUCAAACAAUAAAGUCAAUCCUGUUUUA